UUUAAAUUUAUUUUCGGUAGCGUUUUUCAUAUAUUUAUUUUGUAUAACUGGUGCGGAAACGUGUUGGCGCGGAAUCGUGGGCGCGGAAUCAUACCCCACCGUGUGUCACCAAAUAAAGAGAAUGAGAAAAUGCUUUGGUAGCAGAUUAAUUAAAGGAUUUAUUUCGAUUAUUCGAUGGGUUCCAGUUGUUUUUGUUCUUUUAAUUAUUUGUUGGGCUUGGUAUACUUAUAUUAUUGAGUUUUGCUUUAAAAUUCUGGAUGAUGUUAUUAUUAAAAUUAUUUAUCUUUUAAUUGUCCAUUUGCUUUUAUUUAUGUUUUUAUGGUCAUAUAUUAAAACUGUGAUUUCAACUAUUGGAAAGCCUUCAGAAUUGUUUCAUAUACCUAUAGAAGUUCGUGAAUAUAUUGCAGCUGCCACAAAUGAUCACGAAUUUCGUUCAAUAUUGGAAGAAUUUGUUAAAGAAAGGAAUAUUCCUUUGUUAACUAGAGGUUAUGAUGGAGGGAUACGUUUUUGUUUAAAAUGUUCCUGUAUUAAACCUGAUCGUGCUCAUCAUUGCUCUGUUUGUGGCCAUUGUGUUUUGGUAAAUACCUGUAUCAACUAUCGCAACUACAAAUUUUUUAUUCAAUUUCUUGGAUAUGGAUUUUUAAUGUGCGCAUUUGUUUUCUUCACAAUUCUUCCACAUUUUAUAAAUUUUUGGUCAAAAGAUGAUCCAAUGAAAGUUUCAUUUCUACGAAUAACCGUCUUUUUUCUCUUCUUUGUAACUGGAAUGUUUGCAAUUUCGUUGGGUUGCCUAUUUGGUUAUCAUUUAUUUUUGACUGGAAAAAAUCGUUCAACCGUUGGUUUGUUUUUCUUGAAACUUUUUGGCUCAACUUUAGGGUAUGCGUCAGGGAUGGGCGAUUUCGCAUUUCGCAUCUUUCGCAUUUUUUGGCGCGAAAAGUUUCGCAUUCCGCAUUUCGCAUUUUAUUUUUUUAAAAAAAGUUUCGCAUUUCGCUUUUUAUUUUUUGAUUUCGCCCAUCCCUGGUAUGCGUCCUAUAAGUUCCCAGGAAUCUCUUUACCGCUGAAAAAAAAUAUUUGCGGACAAAACUUGCGGACUUUUUCUCAAUAUUUUUUGAACUCAUCAGUUUGA